AUGAAGCUCGCAAUCCUGGCAGUCGUGUGGGCCCUGGCGCUGCCCAAUAGCAAUGCGCUUUCUGAUGAGGACUUCUAUGGCCAGUCUCCUCCGGUCUAUCCGUCUCCUCAUGGCAAGGGCAGCGGCAUUUGGGCCCCAGCCUACACCGCUGCGCACCGUCUAGUCGGUCAGAUGACUCUAGAAGAGAAGGUCAACAUCACAGGCGGAUUUAGCAGCCCAGAAAAUACCUGCCAUGGCAACACAGGCAGUGUACCACGGUUGGGUUGGCCGGGGAUGUGUCUUCAGGAUGCGGGUAACGGGGUUCGAGGUGUGGACCUGACCAACUCCUACCCCAGUGGCAUCCAUGUUGGGGCCAGCUGGGAUAAAAACCUCACGUACCUCAGAGGCCUGGAGAUGGGCAAUGAGUUUCGAAUCAAAGGAGCGAAUAUUGCUUUGGGCCCGGUAGCUGGGCCGCUGGGCAGAACAGCAGUGGGCGGGCGUAACUGGGAGGGCUUCGCGGUAGACCCCUACUUGUCUGGUGUCUUGACUGCGGAGACAAUCAAGGGCAUACAAGACGCGGGCAUUAUUGCCAAUCUCAAGCACCUCGUUGCCAACGAGCAAGAGACCUGGCGGAGACCAUACAACGGCACAGAGGCCGCGUCGUCUAACAUUGACGACAGAACGUUGCAUGAAUUGUACCUGUGGCCCUUCAUCGAUGGUGUCAAGGCCGGCGCGGCCAGCCUGAUGUGCUCGUACAACCGUGUCAACAACUCCUACGGCUGCCAGAACAGCAAGCUUCUCAACGGAAUCCUGAAGACAGAUCUCGAAUUCCAAGGUUUCGUUAUGUCCGACUGGCAUGGACAACAUAGCGGUGUGGCGAGCGCCCUGGCUGGUAUGGACAUGGUAAUGCCGGAAGAAGGCUUCUGGGGCAGCAGUCUCAUUCAAGCAGUCAAAAAUGGCUCAGUGCCAGAAUACAGGGUGACUGACAUGGCGACACGGAUUAUUGCGGCAUGGUAUCUUCUCGGUCAAGACAGCACCGACUUUCCCAGACCAGGGGUUGGCAUCCAGAAUCUCAGCCUGCCGCACCCGCUGAUAGACGCUCGAAGUCCCGAGGCGGAUGCUAUUUUGCUGAAGGGUGCUAUUGCCGGUCACGUCCUCGUGAAAAAUGUCGAUAAUGCUCUGCCUUUGGGAAAGCCUACGAUGCUCUCCAUCUUUGGGUACGAUGCCAAACCACCACCGAGCAAAAAUAUUGGUGAACUUUUUGAGCUCGGGUAUGAAUCUCAGCCAGAGAUGGCUCGGGCUGAACUUGGCUACGAAGCGCACUUCUCUCAGUGGGCGGCACAAGGCGUUCUCUUUGCCGGAGGCCGAAGCGGCUCCAAUGGUCCUGCAUAUAUUGAUGCGCCUUUCGGUGCAUUAACCCAACGUGCGAAGAAAGACGGCACAUACCUGAACUGGGACUUCCGCUCCGGAAAUCCCAUGGUCAAUCCCAUGUCCGACGCCUGUCUCGUCUUCAUCAACGCAAUGGCCACCGAAGGCUGGGACCGUGAUGGCUUACACGAUGACUUCAGCGAUGGGCUCGUCCUCAACGUCGCUUCAAAGUGUGCCAACACAAUCGUCAUCGUCCACACCGCCGGCAUCCGUCUCGUGGACCAGUGGAUCCAGCACCCAAACGUCACAGCUGCGAUUAUCGCCCACCUCCCAGGUCAAGAACUUGGAGAGGCCCUGGUGAAGAUCAUGUACGGGGAGGUGUCUCCGUCAGGCAAGCUGCCGUACACCUUGGCAAAGAAUGAGAGUGAUUAUGGCAACUUGUACGAGCCGUGUCUGCCCGCGUCGCUGGACGACCAUUUUCCGCAGUGCGACUAUACCGAAGGUGUCUACAUUGACUACCGCUAUUUCGACGCCAAAAAAAUCGAACCACGUUUCGAGUUCGGUUUUGGCCUGAGCUACACCAGUUUUCAGUAUGAAAGUCUCUCUGCCCAGGCCCCCGGUCUUUCUGGCAAUCCACUGCAGAAGCCCAUUGCAAAGGGUUCGCUUUGGGAUGUCAUUACCUCCGUCUCCAUCAAAAUCACAAACACGGGGAAAUUUGCCGCUGAAGAAAUCGCACAACUCUACGUGGGCAUCCCUAAUGCGCCGGAGAAACAACUUCGGGGGUUCGAGAAGGUCUACCUUGCUCCUGGAGAAGAGGCCGAGGUCGUUUUUGAAUUGACCAGGAGAGACCUGAGCGUUUGGGAUGUAGUAUCUCAGGAAUGGUUGGUUCAGCGUGGGCAGUACAAGCUUUUUGUGGGCUCUAGCAGUCGAGAUAUCAGGUGGGAGGGGUUUCAUACUAUAGGAUAG